AUGGCUACAGGAAGAAAAGUUUCCCUUUGUAUUUGUUUGCUGCUGAUGGUAAAAUUUCAAGACGACAAAGCGCGCGCAGAGCCCACCAGGCAACAAGGUAAAUAAGCGCUAGAAAUUUUGUUGGGUAACAAUGGUUAAGAAGCAUGAUAUGGCAAAAAAAAAAACAAACAAACAAACAUUAAAACAGUUUUAAAAUGUAAACUGCAACAAACAAAAAAGACUUGGAAAAUUUGUGAUUUAUAGCAGUCGGUUAUGACCUGGUUAUGGUCCUUACGUCGCUUGGUUUAAAAAUAAGAUAAAAUGUAAACAAGAUUUCUAAAUUCCAGCAUACAUUAUGACAAUGUUACGGGCGAACCACAGAUAAAAACGUUCAACCAUUCUUUCCCAAAGUCUCUAAGUUGGGGUGUGUUGUUGCUGAUGUUUUUCUUUCUAAAGCACGCGAGAAAUUUCUAGUAUUUGCAUGCAGUGAUAUAGUUCUGAUCGAGCAUCGAUGUCUCCAAAUGUUGAGACACUCAUGGAUAUUGAUUGCCCACAGCUUCUGGGUGGGUGGUGAAAUUAUUAAGUCGUUUGUUUUCCGGUUCCGGAGAUACACUCUGCCUUUUUGUCUUUAUUGUUUUAUAUUUUCUAUGUAAACCUGGUCUACAGCUGCUUCCAAAAUCAUAAUGUAGAUGCUAUUAAAGCCGUUUUUUGUUGGCAAGUGUGUAUGGAAAUAGAGUUCAUAAAACAGCAAGAAAAGGAGAUUGAAUUUUGUUAAAAUUUCAUGACAACUGAAAAGUUUGAAAGUCUCUGCUAUAUUCAAACAUCUUUUUCGCCUAGUGAUUUGAUCACUGUAAAGCUGAUUAUUGAAAAUGCGAUUCAGUAUUGUGGGUCGCCUUCGUUUAAGCAGGUGGGCAUUUAAUUAUCGUUUGUUCAUUUGCUUUGGAUAGCCAAGAUGCCAGAAGAACAAAACGUUUUACUUCAGUUGUUGUUUCCCGUGAUUGGUUUCAAGUUACUUGCCCUCUGGCUAAAAUAAAAACUUGACGAAAAUGUUCUACAACUUAAGAUAAAGCAGACGUAAAAUGUCACGGCGGUUUAGUUGAUUACAAAGGAACUGUUCUUUAAGGCCCCUUGACAGCAACUUUCAAGUCACGAGAACUCGUAUGACUCAUUCCUUCAGAUCCCGGUGAAUCUUAGUGAAAGAAACAAACCCGCCACUGAAUUCAUUGUGAUUGGCAGAGUUUAAACUAGAAGCAUUUCUUUGUAUGUAUGGUGAGCUGAACGGUCGGCAGUAUUUAGUAAUUUUUCAGUGUCAGAAUGAAUGUAUCUUUUUACAGGACGGACCGUCCGUGUUAGGGUCUUUAUUCGGUGUAAUUAGUUUUACAUCUCUUACAAUUAGCUGCUUAUCAUUUCACGCAACUGUGACACGAAACUCAAUUUAGUGAAGUACACGGACGAGCUUCUUUUCUUUGUAAGACAAAAGUGUGGAAUUAUCAACCAGUUGUCUCGUAGAAAGAUUUCUAGCACUAGACCUUUUUUUGAUAGAUCGAAUCGCCGUCUGAGGGAACUGAGGAGUAGCGCUCAAAAAGUCAGCUUUUCACGAUCCAAACUCUUACGCUUUAUCUGUAACUGCAAACUCUUAUAUUUCACUCCCCAACUGACUAAGCGCCACAGUGAAAUAAAACCCUUUCAAUCUCGUUUUCUUUGAUUCUAGUAUUACUUUUCAGAAAUAUCCGAGUAACAUCGGGUACAGUAAUGAACGAUAUUAGUAUAAUAACGUAAACCGGACAGAAACAUUAAAAAACUUUCUUGACAGAAUGUGCAUUAUCAGGGGUAACUGUAAUGCGGAUGUCUGUUUUGGAUACACAACUGCACUCAAAAGGAAUGCACAAAACUAAGUGAGCAUUUGAAUGGGUACAGUCUAGGAUUGUGGAUAUCGAGACCGUUUGACACCCCUCCUCUCAGCUUUGAGUGUGGUUGUAACCCUUUCGAAAGUUUAAACUUUGUCCCAAAAUCGUCUCAACAGUUCUUUCGUCCUACUCGAAGUGGUGAAGUUGUUUGUCGUGUUAAAAUUUAUUGUAUAAAUGACCUGAAUCCGCGAAAUUAAUCGCCUUGUAUCUACGUAAGUCAUCUACGUCACUCUUGUUAAUAAUUUAUUGUGGAAAUGUUAUCACCGUUUUACAGGGCUUGAUUUCGGGUUUUAGUACGAAUUAAUCAAGAUUGCAUUUUAUGUGAUCUGGUUCAUUGUCUUGAGUGUUGAAUAGAACUACAACAGCUCGCCCCAAGCCGAUUAAUCAUCCUCCGAUUAGCAGUUAAUCCACGAUUAAAUUUCUUAUUCCCCGGAUAACUAGUCGUGGGUUAAUAAGUUGUUCCUAAAAGCGAAAUUAUUCCGCGAUUAACUAAUCCCAGAUAGGUGCUUUAAAAAACCCCCCUGUUUAACGAGUUUUUCGACCACCUGCUUCUAUAAAAAUAUGGCGCGAAAAAUUCUGCCGGCACAAUUUAUCCAAUCCUAGGCCGGUGAGGUGGUGAAGAAAACAACGCUACGAGAACUUGUAGAGUUGGCAACAGAGUCGUCUGCCUUUGGAGAUCGUCUUUUAGGAUUUAUACUAAAUAUGUGAUUGACUCCCGGCCAAACCUAUAUCUGCUGCGAAGUUGUUCGUCUGUUAGUUGGUCGAGGUCAAUUUCUCGCUGUUGGAACUUUCUUCCGCGUAUUUGUGGGUCAAUUAAAAGGAACAAUAAGUCCGCUAUUUUGUUUGUUUUAACAAACUCUAGGUGGGUUAAAUUUAACAUGCAGUUUAUUCCGCCAUUUUGUUUGUUUUGACAAACUCUAGGUGGGUUAAAUUUAACUUGCAGUUUAUUCCUAGAUUUGUACUUAAUCGUACUUUUAGGAACAGAAUCUAAUCGUGGGAUAAAAUUUAUGUCGCGAUUAGCGAUAUUUAAUUCUGGAUUAGCGAUAAUCGGCUUUCCAGGAACCGGGGCCUAUAAUACUCUAACUUUGCUUUGUUCACUAUAGCUAAACGCAAUGCUAAUACUCGAAGUAUGUAUUUCAGGGUCUGGACAAUCACUGAACUGUACAGCAACUGCCUUUUCACCAACAGCCGUGUUAUUAACGUGGAACUCAGGGAAUAUCCAAGAAAUUGAAAACACAGAAAAUUUCACGGUAAGAGAGUCUGGACAUUGUGUGUUUGGGUACAUUAUCAAGAGCUAAGUACUUGAUGCAUGCAAACCUUAUUCUUAACCUAUACGAGAGUGUAUCCUUACACCGAUUUACUGACGUGUAUCUAGUGGAACUGCGAGGUUUAGCGUAAGUGUGCAUUGGUUAUUAUUUUUAGACUAAACCAGAAAAAGAACUAUGGACUAGGCGUUCUUUUUCCUGUUGAAAAGUCAUUUCACGUAUUCAAUUUAGCUUGUAUGCUUAGAGAUCACUUCAGUAACCUGUGUGGGAGGAUCAAUCAAAAUGUAAACAAAGAACGGUUGGUACUGGUUUUACCCUAUUGAGGGGGGGAGGGGGGAGGGGCGGAGGGUUCAAUAUCCUGGGUCAGAGCAUAAUUAGGGCCGAGUAAUUAGGGCCAUAAUUAAGGCAGAGUUAGUUAUGAUCUCAAUGUAAAAUAGAUAUAGCUGAACGCUCCAGGAAAUGGGCUUCUACCUUCGGCUUGCCAUGUACAUGGAUAGUAAAUUAACUGUGUACAGCCGCCCCUUCCCUCAGAAAAAAUACCCGUCUCCUAUUUUUUCUAAUAGUAAUUAAUGCACAUAAAGGACAACACAUUCUGUAUCAGUUUUCUUGAUGCCCAUUGAAUACUUAUGUCUUUUAUGAUAUAUGAUUUGCUGCUUUUCUGAAAGCUUCGUGAUUUCUAUGCUACAAUCGGCUUUUGUUGCAGUGUGUGCAUUAUUGUGCUUGUCUAAAUAAUACUGGUAAUAGCAAUUGGUGCUCAAUUUUAUCACAGAUAAUUUAAGUCAUCAUCAUCAUCAUCAUUGAUAAUAUUGAAAUAUUGAUAACAAUCAGGUGCACGUUUCUUUUCACAGAUAUACUAUAGGCCUCUGUAUUUGUUGGAUGAUUUCAGUGUUCUUCAAGCUGGGAAACAAUUGCAUUAUUUGGUAGAAAAUUUGGACGUUAGGACAUACUAUAUGUUCAGGGUCGGCACAAAUGAUAGUUCAGGAAACUAUCAUUUCUGUGAAGUCUCGGUGAAGACAUUGAGAGAUGGUGAGUGCUGUUUACUUAUUUUACUGAAUAGUUUGUAGAAUCAGUGAGGUACAAAUAUUAUUAAAACACUCCCGCUCGUCUUUGAAACUUUGCUUUUCGAACUGGUCCUCAUGAGAUGGACGUCUUUUACCACUUAUGUUUCCUUGUGAAGAACUUUAAAUGUGUUUGGUCUCUUUAUGAUUAACACCAAUGCCGGCGAGGUUACCUGCGGAUGGAAUGACGGAGACAUGUCGGGUUGAUCCUCACGGUGAAUCUGAUCACUGGUGCAAAUAAUGAAAUGCUGGAAACAGGCCGAUGACCAUUUACAAGCUAAAUGAACUAACUAGUCCCAAAGGAAAAGCCCAAAAUCCAGGUUAAGCUUUGCCGGAAUUUUUUAAAGAUGAGAGACCUCUUAUAACUUUGCCAGGAUUAUUAGACCCACAACUCAAACGAAAGGCGACUUUUCUUUGACUCUUGGUGAAAUAAUACCUUGAAUCUUCGGUUACUAGGUUAAAUCUUGCCUCAUGUGUACAACAAAGAUCUUGUGCAAACUUUUCCUCCUUUUGGUCUUUCUGACCAUUUGGUUGUAUCACUCGAGCCUAAGCCAAGGAGCACGACACUGGUAGUCGUCGUUCUUUCACCCGCAGGGAUACUCGCGCCAGUCGUAAAUGCGAACUUGGCAGGUAUUUCGGCUCCAUUGACUGGUCUAUUCUAGACUCUGUGCAAGAUUGCGAAAGCAAGCUGCAGCUUUUUCAAGAUCUCGUCAAGAUUGGCUUCGAUACCAUCAUGCCUUUAAAGACCGUCAAGCUUCACGUGAAUGACCCUCCCUGGGUGACAGCUGAAUUUAAGGCUCUUAUCAAAGCGCGUCAAAAAGCCUUUGCGCAAGGCGAUACUGAGGGUUAUAGACAUCUUCGGAACAUUACCUAUCGUGAGUGAAAGGUGUGUCGCGGAAAGUUCUACGCAUCGAAAGUCGCUAACCUCAAGACAACCAAGCCUAUCCAGUGGUGGAGAGAAGUUAAAAUGAUUGCUGGGAUGACUCCGGCUACUGGUGGGGAAGACAUUCGUUCGCAUUUACACCUUGACGAGGUCGCGGCGCACUCUAAUCAGGACACCCCCACCUGCGGACGACUCUGAGCUUCUAAUAGUUAGCCCCUCGGAGGUAUGUAAUGCUCCUUUGGGGCUAAAUCCGAGGAAGGCCGAGGGACCAGAUGGCAUUAACAACUGGCUUCUUCGGGACUAUGCUGACUUCUUAACUUCUCCGGUCUGCGACAUUCUGAAUGCAUCUUUCGCCGAGCAGAGACUCCCAAGGUCCUGGAAGGAUGCCGAUGUCACACCUCUGAUCAAAGUUAAGCCGGUGACUACCAUCGCCAAGCAUAUUCGACCUAUCUCCCUGACACCGGCUUUGUCCAAGUUAGCUGAGGACUUUGUGGUUAGCAAAUAUAUUGGUUCCGCAGUCUUGGAGACGAUUAAUUCUAACCAAUUUGGAGCUAUCCCCAAUUCCUCGACCCUACAUGCCCUCAUUUCAAUGAUGCAUACGUGGGCGCAAGCAACGGAUGGGACUAGCUCAGCGGUGCGCUUGGUGUGCUUGGAUUACAGAAAGGCAUUCGACCUGAUAGAUCAUGGUAUCCUAGCUGCCAAAAUCCUGGGUUUGCGCAUUCCUCGCGGAAUUGCCCGUUGGGUUUGCGACUUCCUCAUGGAUAGGCGCCAGCGAGUGAAGCUAUCUGGCGAUUGCUUCUCCGAAUGGGGCACCGUUCCAUCAGGCGUGCCCCAGGGCACAAAACUUGGCGCUUGGCUUUUCAUUUUGAUGAUCAAUGAUCUCCACCCUUUGGGAUCUGACGUAUGGAAAUACGUGGAUGACACCACGCUCGCUGAGGUGGUUCCAAGAGGAGGUGAAAGUGGAAUGCAGGUCGCUGUCGCUGUUGAGCAGUGGCCUACAAUCAACAAGCUCCAGCUGAAUGCGGAUAAAUGCAAGGAACUCGUUAUUGACUUUAAGAAGGUUAAACAUCAUUUUGACCCAGUUAUCGUGAACUCUCAAGAACUCGAACGCGUAGAUAGUGUUAAAUUGCUAGGAGUUACCAUAACCAACACUCUCCAAUGGAAUUGUCACGUCUUAAAUGUAAUCCAAAAGGCCAACAAAAGAAUAUACUUUAUUAUAUUACUUAAGCGCGCAAAUGUUCCAGCACACGAUAUCACUUGUUUCUAUCUUACUUGCAUAAGGCCAGUUCUAGAAUAUUGUGCCCCCCUGUACCAUCACGCACUGCUUGACUACUUAAGUAAGGAUUUUGAACGUAUUCAAAAACGUGCACUAUCCAUUAUUUCGCCAGGCCUUUCUUACGAUGACAGCCUGUCAAUGUUCAACAUGGCAUCUUUAGAGGACAGAAGCAUAGAUCAAUGUGAAAAACUGUUUGAUUCUAUUGUAUCUCAUCCAGAUCAUAAGUUGCAUCAUUUUCUCCCUCCCAAGAACUAUUGUCAUUAUAACCUCAGAAGACAACGCCACUUUACAAAUCCAGUCAUGCGUACCAAGCGUUUUUCUAGCACAUUUCUGCCAUUUAUGUGCAGGCGUUAGCAGUUUUUGUAUAAAGUUGGAAUUCUAAAGUAUAAUUUUGUAGAUUUUUUGUUACAUUUUCAUGUUUUAAGUUUUGUAUCAAUUGUAUUUGUAAAUUCAUGCAAUUCAGCCUUGGUGGGCUGCCAUAUGAUUGAAUUAAAGCUAUCUAUCUAUCAUCCUGCAAAUCCUUUUUUUCAGCUAGUUUAUCAGUUCCUCUCCGUAUUAUUAAAAGUAGCAAAGGACUUCAUGCAAAAUGGAAAGCAGUAACUUUGCCACAGGAUUCCCAGGCAAUUUACCGCUUGUUCGUGGAGUGGAGAAACAAGGGAAAACCUCAUGUCAGGCUACUUUACGAAGGAAAUCAAACAUCGUCAAAUCUUCAAGACAAAUUACCUAUUCCUAGCCGCAUGUAUGUUAGCAUCGUCGUGAAGCAGGCUGAUUCCACCACUAACUUCGAACAUCAGGCGGGGAGUAUUAUCACAUAUCCCACUAAACAGGCUUUGAUUCCAGCAACUCUGCCAUUGAAACCAAACAAUCCAGGUAUCGUGGACGUUAUUUUAAAGGUUUCUACAGUCAUUUUAUAAACAUGAUGUCGUUUCUUUUUCAGGGGGUACAAUCCAAAUAACGGCAAGGCAGUCGACAAUAUACUUGUAUCAUUAUAAUUGCUUGAUGACUGCUAGUUAGCAAUUAUUGGGUGAGGCCACUCUGGGGUGAGGCUGAGUGAUAUGAAAUAUUAUGCAUACCACCCUCCUCGUUUUGCAUAAUUCUUCUUUUCAUAAUCAGCCUCAUCCAGUAAUUCCUAGUUAUUAACACAAUCAUAAAAUCCCCUUUCAUUUAUUUAUUCAUUUAUUUAUUUAUUUAUUUAUUUACUAAUGACAACUCCAUCGAGAGAACACACAAUGUUUUCAUACUAUGAUAAGAUUUUAACAAAUAAGAACUAAUGCUUUACCCCUAGGAUUUAAAUAUCACAACCGGCAUAAAACCUGAGAAAUUGAAAUGUACAGACUACAGUUUGCCGAACAAAAUACUGAUCUAUCCAAAUACACUUGUCUUCUUCAUCAGCCAUUGAAAAAAACAAGACUCUUCUGCUUAACCUUACAAUCGAUGCUUACGGCUGGAAUUUUGUCAAGAUCACUUGGAAUGCCAUAACAGUGGAAGGAACCUUUGUUACUUACAAAAUAAGCUGUAGAUCAACAGAAAAGCUACUCGAGGUAGUAACCUCAAAUACCUCCGCAUUCUUCUCCAACCUUCGUCAACUAACAAGAUAUCAGAUCUCUUUGGAGGCUCAAGGACAUAAUGAAACAUUAUCAUACUUCUCGGCUGAGGCUUAUUUGACUACUUUUGGUGAGAUUUGGUAGUGAUAUUAAAUCAGCAUAAGAAAACUGGAUCAAGAAAACUUAAGUUGCCAAAAAGUGGGGUUUUAAUGAAGCCCUUGUAUGCCGCUCGAGAUUAAACAGGCGCAAUUGUGUUAUUUUCUGUGGUGAUCAUCCCAUCAAAGAAUGCAAGUCUUAGUGUGUAUUAGCUGAACUUUCAGUUGAGAAAUAUUCCUUACAUUCAGAUAAAACAAAUCGAAUGGCCGCGUUCAGUUUCUGUAUUGUUGUAAACAUCCUUAUCAUCAGGAUUUUCUUUAACAAUUUUCUGAAAACAAUAAGUUGCACUCUUAUACUACUACAAUUUACCAUGAUGCCUUCUGUGUACUCUAUUGUCGAUCAAACAAGAAGUUUUCCGUUUUUUCCCAAGGACGCAUUUUUUCUUCCCCUGAAUACCACUUGCCCCGGGUAGAAGGGUCACUCGCCUACCCGCGUCGAGCUCCCCUGACCGGGCGAGACAACUUUUCCUACAUUUCCUUACAAAACUCGUGCGAACCGUUUCACUUGAGAUGCCAAAAGUUGGCUUGGCUGGAAGGGUCACCCUCCUAACCGGGAGAAUUUUUCUUAAGGUAAACACCCAAAUCAACUCCGUAAAGGCAAACAAUUUGAGCAUGCGCUCUGAAAACUGACCUUUUCUUAUGUUCACGUACUCCACAAAACUUGAGAUCAGGAAGUUCCACAUCGUAUAGUCAAGCAAAGGCAGCAGAGAAAUGCACCAAAAAGCGUGAUGCGCGUCCAAAGCUGUUGUUUUGCUAACCUAAAACUACUGCUUUUUACCGUUCGUCGCUGUUUAGGUUCCGUCCUACCAUAACGGCGGUGACAACAAAGUGCAAUCGGUUUAGUCAGCAAAACAACAACUCUGCAAGUGCAUCACGCUUUUUUAGUAAAUUCUUUUGCUGUCCCUGGCAUGACUACGGCUUGAAUUUAUCGAAUUUUAAAUUUACUCGUCAAUACGAAAGGGAAAGCAAUAUAUUUUACUAACUCUGUUUCAGAUAUAUGAAUUAACGAAAUUACCCUGAGUGGAGGGAUAUAAUUUUUUUUCUCCACUCUUGUUCUCACAGACAGAAAUGAGUGUGCUGACGUGCCUAGUCCUUGUCUUGCCGCCGACCACUCUGAGUGUGUUAAUACAAGGGGAAGUUAUUUUUGUCGCUGUUCAUCAGGCUGGAUUGGUGAUGGGAAAACGUGCAAAGGUUUGUUGGAACAGACAUCUUUUUUCCGUUGAGCAGAAUGACGGUUAAAAAAAAUCCUCUGUUUAUAUGAGUAUUACAUGAUGAAUGAGUUUCGUAACGGGUAAUGUUCAUCUUCCCUGAGAAAUAAGCACCGGCCCUAUUUUUUGGACGUAUACAAAACAUGGACCCCGGUCCAUGGACCACUUCUGUGGACCUAAUCCAUGGACCUCUCCUUGGACCCCGUCCAUGGACUACCCCUGUUGACCAUCCCUAAUUCUUGAAGAUGAAUUUUACCAGAGUUCUAAACGAAUUUUAAGAAACUUAAAUGGACAAAACUUCGUCAAUUUAUAUUGAUAAGAUUAAAGAUUAAAUUGUACACUUGCUCAAUUUUUUUCCGAAUUCCAUACAUGGGUUCGGUUUAGUCUGGAAGGAGAAACUAUUUGAAGGGGACAUGAUCAGAGAUAGGGGGGAAGUAUUCACUAAAUAACGCAGCUUUUUGUGUCAAGUUGCAUGAAGAUCGACUCGAAAAUGACCCUUCGUGAGACUAGAAAGGAAGAGGUAAUGUAUUAUGAUUGAGUACCCACCCCAGACUUCCCUUCCCUUGAUAGCCCUUGGAUGAAUGUUUAUUGGUUGGUAAACUUAUUGAAUCCUGUUCACUAAUCAAACACGACAUAACCUGCAUAGUAUUAUCAAACAAUGCGGUUGGGCAGACGUCUUACAGCUUAUUUCAUGUAAAUUCCCAUUCAUUCAGGUCGAUAAUUUUGUUGUUACAAACUCAUAGACAUUGAGCUUCCUCCGUAGUCUCAUACGCAGGCGUUUUUGUUUCGAUUUUCACGCAACGCGAAGACAGAAAACAGAGCUGCGUAGGAGACUACUUCCUCCAUACCAUCCUCCUGUUCCCUUCAAUUAUGGUUACUCCUUCACGAGACUAAAACGAACCCAUUACAUUGGUAUGGAACUGCAAAAAAAAAUAUUGAGCAAGGGUAAAAUGUGAGUAGCCCAUAACCCUGAUAAUUAAUCUGACCACAGUUUCGUUCAUUUGAGAUUCCUAACCUCUGGUAAAAUUCAUCUUCAAAAAAUAGGGGGGUCUACAGCGGUAGACAAUGGACCGGGUUCACGAAGGGUUUGAUCCAUGGACCUUGGGUCUAUGUAUUAUAUACGUCCCAUAUGUCUAGUCAUAUUUGGUGGUAAAUACUGAGGACGGUGCUGAACUUCUGGCCAAGAGACGUAAGAAAGGAUGUUAGAUUGAGGGGACACUCCCAGAAGGAAGUCACUUAGGCUAGUCCUGUUUGAUGAGGUCACUCGCUAAAAAGAAGGGUCUGCUUUCUUUUGAUUGAAGCCAAUCAUGCCUAUCUGACAAAAUCGGGCUGGAAAAGACUGUGGGCCAACCGUUGAAAAAGACUGCUUUCUCUUGCCUUUGUGCAAGCAUGCGGUUAUUUUAUAAAAAUAGAAAGUUCAGUUUAUAGAAAGUUAAGGGUUUUUGCAUAAGAAAAAAGUCGAUCUUUCGAACGGAAACUGAGCACACUGUUUGUGAGAUACACUUUACUUUCAUGGCAAAGCCUGUUAGGAUUGGUCAAUUACAAUUAAUGUGCGUUGACGAGUAUUGCUGGUUUGCACGUGACGUCAUGGAAGCCAUGUCGGUGGUCAAGAACCCAAAUAUUUCUAUCCUCUGAAAACUAAACUCCAUUUUCAUGUAAAUUUUUGAAAAUAGGUAAUUUUUAUUGUAUUGACCACCAACAUGACCGCCAUGUCACGUGGAUGCUAACCGAGAAUAUGAGAACCUAUACGUCAAUAACCUGAGAUCAGGCGUUUUUUUUUUGCUUGUUUUUGUUUCUUUGGCUCGAGACAGGAAAAAAAUAACGCCUGAUACAUUCAUUUAACGAGCCGUUAACCACCCCCUAAUUUACAUAAUCUAACGUCUCCUUGACCUGUCAUGUUAUUAGCCAAUAAGCGUUUUCCAUACUGGAAUCAAAUUUUGGCGCGAAUAAUGUCUCUUUUAAAAUCAAUUUUAGGGAAAAGAAAAUUUUUAAGUACGUCCAUGUUCAGAUGGCGCUUCCUAAAAAGAAUUUUAAAUGUGUUCAAAUACUGCUAGCUGGAGCUGCCAUACCUUUAUUUAAGAGCUACAAAUAAUGAAGAAUUUACUGGUUAAAGCUCGUUGACUUCGUUCUGUGCCGAAAGCAGUGAAAAGAAAAUUAGGCUGAAGCACCAUAUUUUACUAACUGAAAGGUGUUGUGAAAGCGAAGAUCGCUCAGAAUAAUUCGCAGGUUUCUGAAGGAGGAAUUACAGUCAAACCAGGUCAAGAUUCCAUUCAUGAAUUGAUUAUUUGAAAAGCUAACCCGUUUGUCGCUUCUGUAACUUGUAGCCGGUAUCAAAUUGCAUUCAAAUGAUCGGUGAAUUUUUGACUGCAACUUUUUCGUAUACGAUGAGAUGGAAAAUAUUUCAAUGGGUGAAAUUUCUAUUUAGGCAUUCUUCAAAUUCAAGAAAACUCAGCCGGCAGAAAUUUUAUAACGAACUCGCGUGUGUAUUCACUGCUCAUGACGCAAGCAAAAAUGCAGACUGAAAUCAACAACAACUAACGGAUGGCGGCAUUUUGGCCAAUUGGAACGGCGCAAAUCAUCCGUAUUGUUUCCUAUCCAAUCAGAAAAAAGUCCAGAUUCUGGCUUUUUUACAUGUGAUCCGACAAAGAAAUGUAUCAUGCCCUCUUCCCGUGAGAGACUUAAAGGGAUAAUAGGGAGAGGGCAUGAUCUCAGGCUAAUACGUCAAGAACGAUGUAUCCAAACAACAUUUUCAAUCAAGGGCAUCAUUGCAUGGUUGAAGGACUAAUAUUGAUUUUUUUAUUUUUCAACACAAAAAAAUACGUCAUUUCUGCCUUUAUUGGUGCUAUUGAGCACAUCUCUUUCUCACUUAUUCAUAUCACGCUAAUUCUUCUUUGGUUGCAGAAAUAUCAGACAAUAAAGGAAAGAUAUCAUACUGUGAAAAACGUAGUUACGCAAAUGUCACAUGGCCUACAACACUACCAAGUCAAACGGCUUUAGCACCAUGCCCCACCAAUUCAAGAGGUACCUGUUCAAGUUUUAUUUCCUCAGUUGAUAAACCAUUUUUUAACAUUCAUCAGGAACAUCAUUCGCAAGUCAAAACAAAUUUGUGAUAUCACUGAACAACGUAGAGUUAGUUUAAACUCGCCAAAUGCAUAUCUAUCACUUAUACCACGGAGUUUACACGUAGAAAAUCUCUUUUUAUUUGUCAUAAGGUACUGCCAAGAGAGCAUGCGUGAGAGCUACAGAUGAUAACGCCAAGUGGGGAGUUCCUGAUCUCAGUGAAUGUGUCUCUGACAAAAUGGCAGAACUUACUCAACAGGUAAAACAACAACAACAACAACAGCAUUUUUUUAAACAACAACAUAACUUUGAUUGUAAGAAUUAACUUAUUAAUAAUUAAUUACAAAAGCUAAUCCAGGCGGGACAGACGAAAAACUGAGGGUAGGGGUUUAACUGUUUUGAAUAAAUUCUGAAUUAAUAAUAUUAUAUAAAGACAUAAAAAAGGAAACGAUAACGAUUUGAUGAUAGCUAGGUGUUUCUAUAUAGUCAUUUUCUUUUACUAAAAUAAUAUCUAGGAGAAGUCGGCGAAUUUCUCUUUUAAAUUCCUUCUUGGGUACAUUUCCCAAGCUACACGGUGUAUCAUUCCACAGUUUUCCGCCAAAUCUGGAAAGAGAACGCUUAUGUAUCUCUAACCUAGUGCUUUGCACGUAAAAUUUCCCGGUAUUGGAUGACCGCGUGCUAUACGUAUGUAUGCUGGACAUUUUUUGAAUUAAUUUCAAGAUAUUUAGAGGAGCGUUAAUAUUAUUGAUAUCAUGCAUUAAGCUGGAAACAUACUCAUAAUAAAGAAACAACAGAGGCAAAAUAUUCGCAAUGAUUAAAAAGCGAAUUGCAUGAUCUCGUCCAUCAGCAAAAUAUAUCAUACGAAGGGCUCUUUUUUAAAGAAUUAAAAGUUUAUUAAGAUGCAUUAUCAGAGACUGACCCAAGGAACAAGUCCGUAAGUUAAGUAAGAAUAGCUUGACGACUGGUCAAUAAAUAUUUUAAAGUAUACAUCGCGGCAUGAAGUGGCGUAGUUUGGCAAUCACAUUCAGGCCAACAGUUUUACUAAUUUUAUUGGCAAUAGUAUCGAUAUGGAAUUUCUGGGAAAGACGUUUAUCAAGUAAAAUGCCAAGAUAUUUAAUAUAAUCUUUUGAUUCAAGGCUUACAUUUCCAUUUUUCUGACCAUCAAAUAUCUAUAAUUUGGAGGACUGAUACGUCGCUCUCUUCUGGUGGGGGUGGAAUAAAACAAAGUUCGAUUAAUUUUUGUAUGUUUAGAGUUAAUUUGAUGAAAGUGGAUAAAUUAUAUAGAUAUAUAGUGAAUUUAUCGUGGUAAAGUGGAUAUAACUGAUAGAAAACCUAUAUUAGAUAUGUCGGCGGUGAGUGGUGCUACGGAAUAGAACAAAUAAGCGGCAGUCAGUAAGGUGUUUUGUUUUUGCCUUCUGCAUCUCUCGUCAAUUUUUCUCGCUUAAGUGUUCUUUGGUGUGAGUGCCUUUUAGGCUUAUAGUCUCUUUUUGAAUUGAAAUUCAAAGCUGGAUAACUUCCCUCGAAAUUACUCUAAUUAAGACGUCCAUUUUUAAGAAGCCCAGUGCGGGAAUUAAGAGGUUCUACCCACUUAAUCUUGAGUGGAAUAUAAGUCCUUGAAUACAUAUUUUGCAAAACUUGAUUUUUCCCGUGCCUUCUAUGUAAUUCGCUGGUUCAAAAAUUACGGAGAAUAUGGAGAAAGCAAAAAAAUUCAAAAUGAUGGCUAACGUACAUGUGCAUGUAGCAUGCAGUAAUUGUAAGUCGUUAUAGGGAGCCUUUUUUUGCUGCGUUGAAUUUCUAUACUUUGAUAUACAUGUAGUUAUCCACCAAGCAAGCGUGAACAGUCUAUCCCGAGAGGGCAAUUCUUCUGGUAUUUACUUAUUAGAAACGGAAAAUAAAAAUUCAAACUGCGGUAUGACUUCAUUUAUCAGUGCUACUAAUGUUGUAGAUUGGCCCUGGGCUUGACUAGGGAAAAUUCUAUUUUUUGCCUUCAGGCCCCAUAAAGUUCUUUUUAGAUUUAGUUCAGGACAUUGAUUUCCCGAUGCAAAAAAAGUUGCUACAGUAGUUAGGCCCCUGCUUCUUUUUAGUUUAGCCAGUCCGACAGUCUUUGGUGAGAAAUGUGGUUUAUGAUCAUUGCUGGGUAUGAAUCAGAUUGUAGUAACUUCUUAGUGAUCAAGCAGCGGUGCAGUCCCUCUGAUAUAUAUCCAUUUGUUGUGAGAUUACAUAACUGAAUGGUGUAUCUUUUACUGAAGCUUAGAAAUCCGAACGCUGACCUCACUGACAUUGCUAAGCAACUUGAGGAUAUCACUUCGGUGGACAAGCUUGCGCAUGGGCCGUUACUGACUGGUGACCUUAGACGAGCAGUUGACGUCAUCACAGUAGUUUCACAGAGGGACUUUGAUGGUCAUCCAAAGACUGUGAAAAAUGAAAAAAUUCAAAGAAUUACCCAGGUAUGUUUUUGCAUUCUGUAUUGUUAUAUUUUUCCUUUUUUAAGCGAGUAGCGGGCAAGACGUUCCUAACGGUAUCUUUUUACAGAAUUUACUGAGGAGACUUACAGAUCGAGAAUUCCGUUAUUUAUUGAUUCAUUAUAUCUUUUGCCAUACAUUAGUCUGUUAUGUACACUAACCCUGGCAAGUAGAAUAAUAUGCAAGCCUAGCAGUUGCAUAAUUCAAUUUUUUUUUACCCUCGCUUCCUCCAGGGAAUAAAAGCCCAUUGGAAUACAGUUUUAGGGCGGGCGCAUUAGCAGAAAGUUCUAAUGUGCUAAUAAAUUCCAAUUUUCUAGGCGGUUGUUAAAUGUACUAGCAACAUCCUUGAUGAUAGAACCCUUGAAACCUGGAAAUUUAUGCCAAAGGUAAAUGACAACAUUUUUACAACUUCGUCGCUGAGAUUUGAGAAGCAAAAGUUAGUUUUAUCAUCUUUAAGUUUUAACUUAGUUUGGUGGCAUAUUUUCCUUUUCCCUCAUAAACUUCAAAAGAGCAGUUCAGCAAAGCUGAAAUGCCGUCCGUUUUUUUACGAGUUUACUUGUUGUGUAGAAGGGCUAGCUCUAAAAAUAUCACAAUUUCACAAUCUCUUUUAUUACUGUUUGGCUAUCUCGUUCCCAGUUGCUCGACUCGGAAAUAGCUCGGGGGACGACGGGAGAUCCUACGUAUCGUCCCCUAAUGGCACUUUUCGCCCCUCCCCCACCCUGUAGUACCCCAGUACCUCACUCAACCUCAGAAAUCUUUUAAGGAGGCAGCUAUCAUGUCAUAAAAAAUUGCCCAGACAAAAAUAUAAGUUGACUGCUUCGUUUACGAAAUAUUAUUCAUCAAAUAACUGAGGCCUAACCUUAACACUCAGCGUGACUCAAUCAGUGCUAAACCCUUUGUUUAACUUGUAACAUAUUUUUUUUGUGUUACUUUUUUUAAAUGAACUUUUGUUUUUCUUGUAUUUAUAGAAAAAUCAUACUGUAUUUUUUACUUGAUAAUGACGUCCGAGAACUUCGAAACGUUGUACUUUUUCAAACUUACAAAUGUUUUUAAGGAAAGUUUUUUACGCAAUUUUUUAUCGCUGAAUGUUUUAAAAAGUCGCUUUUUUUUAGAGCGAUCAAGUCAGGUCAGUUAUCUCGCAGGUUAUUACUCUGUAAGGGAAAAUAAAAUUUAAGGAAAUAACAGAUAACAGUUAAAUAAAAGCUAACUAGAUAGCAGUUCCUGGAGGCGAAGCAACGACAGACCUGCAUCUUACUAGGGAAGCUGUUUUAUGACCAUCGAAAAAUUUGGUGGAAAAAACUUGCAAUAAACUUUUUUUUAAAGGAUUUCACAGCUGCGGAGGCUAGCAAAAUUUUGAAAGGAGUGGAUGCCGUUGCCUUGAGUAUGGCCAAAGCAGCGAACUCAAGUGGUACUUUUUUCACCGAAGCACCAAAUGUUGGUAAGUCAUCCACUUAGGUUGUUAAUUCAACUGCGAGGAUCAUUUCUACUUUCAUAAGGCCUGUUCUCUUUACUGCUCAGCCUCACUCCUGAAAGGUUAUGCAAUCAAAAUCACGAUCAAAGUGUAAUUCAAUCUGAUCCGUCCUAAAUUACCCCAUCUCUAGUUUGUAUAACUGACUUGUUCAAUUGGGCACAAAUUAUCUACAUGAGUUAACAUCAUAUCCAAAAUACUAUUACUUAAAAUAAAUUUUCAAUUUCGCCAUUAUAAACUGAUUUAAUAAAAUCAUUGAUAUGUUAUUCUUUUUGUCUCUUUCUCCUUUCAAGUAUUAAGUGCAAAAUUAAUAACUCAAGCCGAUCCACCUGACCAGCAGAUGUCUCCAAAGUUUAAAGAAAUGGGUUCAACAAGCAGUGUAAUGAUACCAGGCUCCGUGAUCAAGCUACAACAUAAUGACCACAAGCGAAGUAAGAGAUCGUAAACAAAUGUUAAACAUGCAAGUGGAUUUUUCUAGGGCAUACACUCGAAUGGGAUCACCGGAAUAUGAGAAAAUUUAAUAAUGAAAAUGGUGUUUUCUUAAAAUUGUAUUGUCCAAAUUUAUCUGGUAAUGAAGUUGCAUUAUUCACUUAUAAUUAAGAACUGUUAAAGGGGCAAAGUCCAACAUUAUCAAACUGCGUGCAUGACGGUAAUUUUAAAAAUUUUUCCUUCCGUUACAUUAUGGUGAGAUAAUGCGAAUUCUCUCACGACUUUUCGACUUUUACGUCCAAAUUGCGUACAUUGUACAUCUCAUUGUACAUCGAUUGUUAUUCAGUCUGGCUGUUCACAAUAAUAACAAAGGUCCUUGACUUUAUUGAAGCAUCCAUAAGGCAAUGAGCUGGUUGACGGCAGUUACAUGCUUUAGAUGUUUCGUUUUCCAUGGGGUAGAUUUGUUGUGACCAUCAAAUUUUUGCUUUAGUUGGCAUGCAACUGAUAUAUAUCUUAAUAUCUUAAUACAAAAUUGUAUAUGCUUGUAUUUAAAUGUUUCCCAUUUUUAUUAGGUGAAACUCAUUUCAUUACAUUUGUUGCCUACCGUAACCUUAAAGACUUGAUGCAACCAGGCGACGACCAAAAGUAAGUCAGUAGUUUGGCGUCAAGGGGUUGUUUUAUUAUGAUUUUCUAGAUAACUAGCAUCAUUGAGUUCCAUUUGGCACAGCCGUGAAGAGAUAAAUAUAUAUAUAUAUAUAUAUAUAGUUAAAAAGAUAGGUCGGAUCACCCACCCACCCAUACGUUUUUGCGUGCGUCCAUGGGUGCGCCAUUUCGGGGCCGAUCGUGUGAAUAUUGAGUAGAGAGAGUGAAUCAUUUCAGAAAAAAAAAAAAUCAGGCAAACAGACUUGGUCAAAAAUUUGACCUUCCGGGUAAGGUCUGUAGAUAUUUCUCGCCUAUGGCUGCCCUCAUACUGGAAAAGUUAAACUUGUCAAAAACUGAAAAGAAAAGAAAAGAAAACACAACAACGUCAGUAAUGUACUGAUUUUUUUCCAAAAAUGUAAUGAUAAGAAACGCAGGUUUAGAUUGCUUUUACAAAGUUUCUCUAAAUCUUGGAAAAUCCAGGCGUUUCGAGGGUGCUCCCUCUUCAUCAGUGGUUUAAUGGAUGGGUUAAGGUGGCUGACACAGUUUUGGUUUCCAUGGCAACAUGAACGAUUGAAUACGACCUUAAAAUUCCACUUUUUCCCAGUUUACCUAGAAUUCGCCCCUUAGAUUUUUCCAUUAACUUGCACAUAGCUUACUAUAGUUAAUCAUUACCAUCUGAAACUUAUUAGACCAAACUUUUUAACAGACGGGAUUUUAGGCAAUCAAUUAUAUAAUUGUACUGUAGUUAUUGAAUGUGUCGCAAAAAUCGUCUGUUCAACUUCCAUUUUAAGGUUCCCUUUAUUUAAAAUACGAUAAAAGUAAAAAUUCUGCCAAAUAUCACAAAAUGUUAAUGAGUAGAUUUUGAAAAAUCGUCUUCUGUGUACCAUUGCUAUUUGCGCCACCGUGUUCGUUUGUCCAAUUUAAAACACAGCUGUCACACGAGUUAUCGCUGACCGCCGCAAAACUGUGUUCAGCCACCUUACAGCAACUGAAAAAGGACGCGCAAUGUAACGUUUAAACAAAAAUCAAAACAAAGAUAAACGUUACAUGCGCGCCCUGACUUUGAGAAGAUCAAAUAAAACUGAAGUCUACCGUCAGUCGGCAUGGUUAUAGCGUCAGGUUUAGGUUUAGCGGCAGAGGUAUUCAUCAGAACACCAACGGCUUAUUACUACCAAAUUCACUCAAUGGCGCUAGAAAUAAACUGAGUGGCGGCUCAAGUUUCAUUUAGUUCCAUUUAGUUCAAACCUUUCACAGUUUUACCAACAGAACUGGAGUAUCCUAACCCUAACUAAACACCACCUGUACAAAGCUAAAGAGAUAUUCCCAGAUUGCAGCGUUUUCAAACAAUUUAUUGAUCACAGUGCAAUUAAUCUCGGCUCUUAGCAGACAAUUUUUUCCUUUAAAAGGGCUUGAAAUGACGGCCUACCAACGGACAAUGUCCUGUCAAAAAUAGGUUUAGUCCGGUCAAGUCCUUAGAUUGCCGGACAUGUUGUCCGCUCUUUUACGCUUCUAUUGUAUUAACGUUCGUAAAGGAAAAAAAGUGGGGAGAGAGAGAGAGAGAGAAAAAGGCGAUCAGAUCAACAACUUUUAUAACGUAAACCGUUCAUAACACAGGGCUUCUGAUAGGUCGGGAAAAAAAGUCAAAUUUCGUGGGAUUUUCAGCGACAAAUUAGCGGAAAAAUUCCGGACAAAUUUUGCUAGAAAGCGAUCGGUUUUGCGCUGAUUUCACGAACGUUUUUAAUGAAACAAAACUGCUAUUUGUGGGGGGAGGGGGGAAUGAUGAGAGUUAGCAUGUGCAACAAGAAGAAACAUCGACUACUUAUCAGAAACAUCGACAACUUAUCGCUUGGUUUGCGAUCUCGUUUGGACUUGGUAUUGUCUUGCACAAGGUUUUUUGUUUAUCAUUUUUUCUUUUAACAACAAUGAGCUCAGAAAUGCGCCAAUGGCAAAGCUUUUUAUAUCAUGCACUGGCCAGAGCCCAGUUUUUCGCAAUAAUAAUCUAAGAACACAGGCCGGUAGUUUUGGGACGUUUUCUCGUUGCAGUGACAAAGUUUCAAGAUAAAUUUGAAAAAUUUAUGGCAAAAACAGCCCCAUUAGCCGAGAUAAGUCUCAAAUAUGUUGAACCGCCAUUGAUUUGAUAAGAUUUCUACCGAAUUUCGCGGCUCUGCGACCACGCGAAAUUUCAGAAGCACUGCGCGGCGGGGCGGUAACAGUGGUUUUUCAUUUUCUGGGAGUUGCGAGUUAAAAACUUAUUGCUUUGUCCUCUUUAAAGUCGUCACCGCAAAUUCAGGAGAGCGUGUGUAGUGUUGUAAAGUACUUUUAUAAUAGUCCGCAUGUAUUUUACUGUAAAGUGCACGUCAGAUAAUCCUAGAUGAAAGACAUUUGUCCGGCAAAAAACGGAUUGUGUCCGAGCAAAAAUAGGUUUGACCGGACAACUUGGCCGGCACCAGCCGGGAAAUUAUUUCAAGCCCUGUUCAAGGCAUUUAGAAAAGGAUAAUUAAACAACUAAGGAGGUGGACACAGGGUGUUUUUCAGAUUUUCCUUAACUUCAUCCCUUAGCCCGAUUUGCCCCUAUCAUAAGCUUCUUGUUGAAAAAUAUUCUCGCUUUAAUUGACUUCUUACUGUAACUUGUUGAACAAUGCCAUUCAGAAAUCUACACAAGUCAACUCUGUUUUGUUUUGUGUCCUUGGUGGCCAUGGCUGGUUGCUUUGUUUAGAUCUUCAGCGGAGCUAACUACAGACAAAAGUGACGUUGGAAGAAUAAAUUCGGAUGUAGUAUCACUUUCAGUACAUCCGUUAAGCAUUAACAGUUUUGACGAGCCCGUUACGUUGAUUAUUAAGAACACCAAGGUAAGUUAGGCCUUUCUGGCAGCUUAUCCUAAACGAAAUUUUAACUGGUCGUUUGUUUGGUAACUUCUGUUAGCAUUUUUUUGGUUAAAUUCGCUAAGUGGUAGUCAAGGCUCACGGAAAUUGAUUCCAGAAAUACAUGGUCUAGCCAUCGUUGAACAUUAGGGUGCCACAAGCGGGGUGCUGAUAUUGAUCAGUAUUUCCCGUUAGAUUAAUAAUAGAAAUGUUCACGAAUAAUUCAUGCUGAAGAUACAGUAGGUGGAAUUUGGUUCCAGUUUUCUCCGAAGAGAAAUAAAAAUAACGAAGACCAAUUAUUAAGUCGUUUACAGUUACUUGCUUCUAUUAAACGGAAACGCCGGUUGUAACAAAAAUCUGGUGCUUUACUAACAUUCAACUGGUCGGAAAUAUUUAAAGUAUUUGGCACUUAAAAAAGAAAGCGUGUGUAGUUUAAUGAGUCUGUUUGUCAGUGUUUGUAAGGUGUAAGCAUAAAAAGCUGAUGCCAUGUUUAUAGAGGUUAGGUUGUUCAUAGAACUUUGAUUCUGUAUUAAAGUAUGUCGUUUCAGGGCCCAUGUCAGUUCUGUAUGCGCAGUUACCACAAUCAUUGUUCCUAACAAUUUCAACAUGACAUUUUCUUCCUCAGACCAACGGCGUAGAUGAAACAAGCUGUGUUUUCUGGAACAUGUCUAGGUAGGCUGCAAAAAAUAGGAUUUGUUAUCUGUGUGUCUUGUUGGGACGACCUGGUCACGGUUGAGACGCGAUCCGGGCGAUUGUAUCGAAACCAGGCCACUUCCAUUCAGGCAACUGCAUUGGUCCCAGUCGUCAGGAUAGUGCUUAAGCUAUCAACUCAUACGUUCGGAGCCAUUAUAUGGAAACCAGGUUUACAGUUUAAUUUGGAAAGCAAUUAAGAUUUAUAACAUUACAGUUAAAGCCCGCUUUGUUACGGGCAGCCCAGACGUAGUGUGUGUCAACAACAUGGACAAAAUCGGAUCGAUCGGAGCUAGACUGAGAGUAGAUAGUAUUGAAUGAAUGAAUGUGUUUAUUAGUUUUCCACUAAAUGGGUUUUAAAAACUAAUUACAAUCAAUACUAAAUACAUUAAAAUUAAAAAUCUAAAAUUCUAAUAGAUGUCAAAAUAUAUCAGAUUACUAAUUAAAAACUACUGAGAAAUUCCUUUAAAUGUCUCUUGAAGAUUGGCAAAUUAUCACAUCCUCUUAUUUCACAUGGAAGAGAAUUCCAGAAACUCGUUGCACGGUAUAAAAAUAUGCGUUGCCCAGAAGCUGACUUAUAAGCUGGGAUAUUCAAGUUAUUCUUAUAUCUAGUAUUACGGUCAUGAACGCAAUCACGUGUCUUAAAUCUAUGACAAAGGUAGCUAGGGGCUAACUUCUUAACACAUUUAAAUGCUAAAACUCCAAGUGUAUAUUUAAGAAAACUGGUCACGGGGAGCCACCUUAGCUCUCUUAAUGCCGGUGUUAUAUGAUCCGUGUUAUAUGAUCCGCUUUCCAGUGAUAAUUCUACAAGCAAAAUUCUGAACUUUCUGCAGCUUCGAGAUAUUUUUCUUUGAAGUAUUAGACCACACCGGAGAACAGUAGUAUAACUUGCUAAACACUAAGGCAUUUAUAACCCGUUCUAAUGUCCUAGCAUCAAACAGAUGCUUUACCCUAUUAAUCUGACAUAGGCUACCUAUGCACGAGGACACUGUUUGGGUGGCAUGUUCAUCAUAGCUUAGAGUGCUGUCCACCUGCAGGCCAAGGUCCCGAGCUGAAGGAGAUGGAGUGACCUUCUUUCCAAGGAGAGUGACAUGAAAAUCAGCGGGCAGCCUCUGAAGCAUCUGACGUGUGCCCAACACCAGCAGCUUGGUUUUCUCUGGGUUUAUGAGAAGGCUGUUGUAGCAGCACCAGCUUGCGAUUUUUUCUAAGUCCUUAUUGAUCUGUUGAAUCGUAUUACUAGCCUCAGCAGCUGGGAACGAAAGUUAUAGCUUUGAAUCAUCGAAAUAUGAUUCUAGAGAACACACGUCCGGUAUAGAAGGAAUGUUAAUGAGGUAGACAGUAAACAAGGCGGGCCCCAAGAUUGAACCCUGUGGGACUCCAUGUGAGAUACCCUGCAAGCUUGAGGUCUCAGCUUCGAUCCUGACACAUUGCAGCCGUUCAGAAAGGUAGCUCUUGAACCAAUCCAGAGACGCACGGGAAACACCUAGCGCCUGUAGUUUUGCAAGGAGAGUUACAUGAUCUAUGCUGUCGAAUGCUUUCGACAAGUCGAGAAGUACCACAAGUGUGACUUUCUUUGCAUCCAUAACCUCCAGUGCUUUGUCUGUGAUCAUGACGUUAAGGGUUUCACACGAAUGAAGCUUCUUGUUACCCCUUUGGUGUUCGCUGAGGCGCUUUUUGGUGGUCAUAUAUGUCAUUAAUUGAUUCAGAGCAACACGCUCACAAAUCUUUGACGCAGCAGGAAGCAACGAGACUGGUCGAUUGUUGUUUGGUAUCUCAUGAUCUCCAUCUUUUAGAAGUGGAAUGACUUCAGAUAUUUUCCACGCUGCAGGAAAAACUGACGACAACAAGGAUCGAUUCACAAUGUCCGUCAGCACAGGCAGAAUGCAAGGGAGCGCAUCUUUAAUCACAGACAUGGUGACUUUAUCGAACCCCGGGGCUUUGUUAGAUGAAAAUGACAUUACGGCUCUACGAAUCUCGUGACUUGAAACAGCGCGAAAAUUAAACUUCUCCUCAUCGGGAAUAUAUUGUCCACUAGUGAAAUCGUUUGGCGGAGACAGUUCGUGAGUAGCAAUCAAGGCUUUAGAUGCCUCUGAUGCUUAAGCGCCAACAGAUACAACAAACUCGUUAAACUCCUCUGCGACCGCCUUAACUUCCUUCGUGUACACUUGCUGCGUAGCCUCCUUUCUCGGCAGACAAUUCCCUAUCAAUUUCCACUGAGAACUAGUAUUCUGAUCAAAGAGGAAUUUAAAGAUACGUAAUAUUUCAAAUAAAUAUAUCUUUACCAUUAUCUCUUUGUGUAUGGACUUGUCCUGGUUUAUUUUCCCCCUAGAAAUUAUUGAAUCUGUCACUGUUACUAGCCGCCGCCCAUGUAAAAACCCUAUUAUCGAAAUAAAAUAGCCUAGAAGUCAAAAUAUAACAAAACAAAGCACCUUUAACUGGACGUCUCCUUGAAGGUCCUGGCCAGCUAAAGUGGCAUUUUGUCCAGUUUUGGUGGAUAGUACCUUCGAGUGCAAACUCGACAACAUGCCACUUAACAUGCACUUAAACCAGUCAGGACAGACAAGGAGACGUUCAGUUAAAAAAGGUAUGUUAGCUUUGUUUUGUUAUAUUUCGACUGCUAGGCUAGUGUUUUAGUUCGAUAAAAGGGGAUUUGAAUGUGGCGGCUCGUAAGAGUGUCAGAUUCGAUAAGACCAUUUCUAGGGGAAAAUAAACCAGGACAAGUCAAUACACAAAGAGAUAACGGUAAAGAUAUAUUUAUCUGAAAUAUUACAUAAUUUUAAAUUCCUCUUCAGUCGAAUAUCGUCGACUCUCAGUCUAGCUCCGAUCGACCCCAUUUUGUUCAUGUUGUUGACACACACUACGCCUGGGCUGCCUGUGGCUUUAUGGACACCCGCUGACAGACAGACAGACAGACAGACAGUUAUAACAGACAGUUUGCUUUAAAAGCCGAUAAAUUCUCUCUAAAUGCAACCCGCUUAAUACGGACAUCCCGUCAAUACGGACACUUUCUAUAUAUGGCCCCCUGAGUUUUGGUAUUUACGAAGUUUGACUGUACCUUUUUUCUGUCCGCAUACAGUGCACAUGGCUUCUGGUCAGACACUGGAUGCCGCGUGGCUAAUAAGAAUUCCAGUCAUACAACAUGUCAUUGUUAUCAUCUGACGAGCUUUGCUGUCCUGAUGCGCGUAAAGCAUCCAGAAAACACUGAAGGCCAUGGUAAGUUUUGUUUAUAUGUAAGUCAAGGUAGCCUUGUAUUCGACAAUAUCUAAAUAAGUUCCAAUAAGCGACUCGAAAACCUUGUUUACUAGUGAAAAAGUUUUAAAUGAAGAUGUGAUCGUCGCAGUGGUAAUUGCUAUUUAAACAAUUGCUCUAGCUAUUAUUUUUUUUCUAUUGUGUUGCAGUUCAUGGAAAGUUUUUCGUGAGUUUUACAGGUUCUGACACUGAGGAUGAGCCAAAUUUUCUUGCUAAGAAUACCAGAAUCUGAAAUGUGCAGUGCUUUUCCGCAGUUCAUGGAAAGUCGUGACUACGGCAUUUUCUCACGAGUUGUUGAGACACCCGGGGGGAGGGGCGGGGAUACUUGGGUUAAUUUUUGCUGGGUAUGUACCGCUGGCCUCUCAGAGCCCCUACCCCAUUAUAGUCUAUUCUGUGGCCAAUAUAGACCCCAUCUUAGUCACUUUUGGUCAAAACCGUAAUUUUCUCGAUCCCAACUUCGUCAGUUUCUAAUAUGUAUCUGCCUUAUGUUGAAUAAAGAACACUUUACUUUCCACCUACAGUACAAACAUUCUGGUACGUUUCUAACCGUAAAUAUGAAGAACUGUCUUACCCCAAAAAUCAGAAAAUGUGCGACCCCAUUCUAGUAACUCUAAAUUGAAAAUGCGACCCCAUUAUAGUCCAUCCAGUCAUGAAAAUGCGACCCCAUCCAGCGGCACAUCCCCAUUAGCCUCUCAUAAGGAAGUACCCGUUGAGACAUCACUAGUCAAAAGGGUGAGAGCAGCGAACGAGUGAGAAUACUAGUGCAAAACAAAAUAGUGCGUAAAUACCGUAUAAAACACAUUGCAUGCUGUAACAUAUAGAUUUAGCCGGGGCUAAAAGCAAAGCUCUGGUUAAUAAUACGUGUAAACCAAAAAAAAAUUAAAUAGUCUAAAGCUAGACGGGGACGACAAUGAAAAUGGCUUCAAGACUAAUAGAUCUAAUUAGCAAAAACAAAUUGCACGUGCAGCACACUUUUUCUUCUAAUUAGCAAAAAAGCACGAUUUUUUGUCUUUCCCUUGCCGUUUGUUUUGCACGACUACAACGCUGUUUUGUACGACUAAAACGUCAAACGUCCUAGUUACACAUUAGUUUUAUGGAGGAAUUUUCGUAUGUGCUUACCCAAUAUUUUGUUUCCUGUGUUCAUGUUCGCUUUUAUUUUUCACUGCCGCUCAUUUUCAUCUUGCUGGCCGCAAGCAUUUCUCAUUUUCUCACCGCCGCUUUCAAUUUCCAUGUUUUUCUUCCUACGAAAUUCGCCUUCUUUGUUUUCAAUAACUCGCUCUAGCCCUUUCUCUGUUAUCCACGUUAGUGUAAACAUAAAAAAUAACGCCGAAAAAGAUACGACUUUGUUGUUGUUUAUUCUUUCUAAAAGUCCGGGCGGCCUUGUGAUUACCUUCCAAAUAAAACCUUGAGUUGCAUUUGCGUUGCCAUACCUGUUGUUGAAGUUAUUUUACAUUGGUAUGCAUGUGGUGCGGACGGACGGUCGCUCGCUCGGUCGCUCGGUCGCCUGGUGUACGGUCACGUGAUUACCAAAUUUUCUCGGAUGGGUAGAUUACCACAUUUCCUUAGCUAUGGGGCUCCGCCCAAGCUCGGCGGCGGAGCUCCGCUAUUACUUAAUAUUUAUUGAAUUCGGCUUUCCUAUGAUAUGUGAAAUUUUGCAGAUCUAGGUGCGUGUUAUCAGCCGAGCGCGGAUGGCCUCGCUUCGUAGACUGCAUAAUUCUUCAUAUUGCACAAAAGCCGGUUUCAAUAAUUGUUUUCUCAUUCAAUCAAAAUAAUUCCAAUCUUUAAAUUUCCUGUUCCUGAAAAUUUUUAGGAUAUUGACGAAUUUAGCUCGCGUGGCAGGCGUUCGGAAGGGAAGGGGAAGGGAAUUAGGGCGCAAGACAGCGCGCCCAAAUCCCCCAUUCCCCUUCCCCUUUUAACGCCUGCCACGCAGGCUAUGAUGAAUUUUACUGUAGCACUUAUUCUUCAAUUGUCGUCUAUAGAUCGUGUAUUCUUUGUAAAUUUUUGAGGCAGCAAUUCGGCCACAUCUUCUUCGCAUAACGUGUGAAAUUACAGGCAACCCAGACGUAGUGCGUGUCAAUAACAUGGACAAAAUGGGAUGAGUCGUCGAAUCUCCUUCAUUCCUUUAUAACAUUCCUUUAUAACUGAACGUCUCCUUGUCUUUCCUUGCCGGGUAAAGUGGCAUUUUGUCAAGUUUUGCAAUAUUAGGUACUAUCCACAUAGGAGAAUUAAAUGCUGGCUACAAAAAAACGGACCGUCUCCACGCGACUCCACGCGAAGAGCUAUAAAUUUGAGAAUAAUCGACGAUUCCGCUCCAAAGUGCCAUCGGCUAAUCUGCAGGUUACAUGUGCUCCGGCCUCUCGCUCGCUGGCUCCACAAAACCCAUCGCAACUGCACGAUAAUCGCUCGCUCAUCAACAAACACUUGACCUUUACGCUCCGUCAUGAACCGCAAAUGGGCAGGAUUACUACGGCUGCGUGCAAGCGGACGCAACAACUCUGAACAUUGUUGCGCCAACAAUGUUGGGAGUUGUUGCUUGCGUGUUCGCAGUGGUGUGUAAACGGAUGCAAUAACUCCUGUAAACCAUGCAAAAUGAGCGUGCGUGGCCCUAACAGUGUUGGAAGAGCUGUGCAAAUGGAUCCAACAUUGUUUCGCUACGCUUCGGCGAUCACGGAACAAAAGAAAUGUUGGGAGUUGUUGGCUGAAAAGUUUGACCGGUUUCAAACUGUGCAACAACACGCAACAACAUCCAAGAACAUGCAACACGGUGUGCAAACGGACGCAAAAUGUCCAACAAUGUUGGGAGUUGUUGACCAACAUUGUUGCCCCGUGCCAAUGUUGGGAGUUGUUGCAUCCGCUUGCACACCACUGACGACACGCACGCAACAACUCCCAAAAUAGUUGGCGCAACAAUGUCGGGAGUUGUUGCGUCCGUUUGCUCGCAGCCUAAGGUGGUCCUUUGAAACAGCUGACGUCAUCUGACUUGAUUUGAAUGAGGCGCCAUCGAAAUAGCGCCACUAGUGUAGAUUCCUCGUCAGUUAUGCCGGUUAGGUGCCGAAACAGGGUCAGAAGUAAUAAUAACAACAAUAAUGAUGAUGAUGAUGAUGAUGAUGAUAAUAAAAAUAAUAGAAAAAUGUUCAAUUGAUGUUGCUCUGACCAAAUAUACCUGUCAAAAAUAGUUACCAGGGACACGUGAUACUAGUGAAGGAACGAAAAAUUGACAAAAAAUGUCUUUAUAUUAAAUUCUGGAAAAUUCACAGUGUUGUGAGUAAUGCUCAAAGAAUUUUACACUAUUAAUACUCACUACGACUGGAAAGGUGAAUGAGAAUAUGCAAUUUUCAAAAGACUCGGAUGUCAGAAGGAGGUUUCAGUUCAGCGAAAGCACAAAAAAUAGACGAAGGUAGCUAGACCGAAAUUUUAGCUGGAAAAAGAAUAAACAAGCUUUGGAAAGCUAGCAAACAUGAUUUCUGAUGGGACUAAUAACGUAUUCAAAAUGACAGGUGGCAAAUUAUUUUUCCAUUUACACGAACGACCCAAGUAUGACCCAAGAAGGUCACUGGGGACUAACAAGAGACAAAUUCACUCAGUGGACUGCCGAGUGGGGCUUGGGAUCAGCCGACCUCUCUCCCAUAUCCCCUCUUACCAGUAUCGUUUAUAUUGUACUCUACUUUAAAAAAAACUGAAAAAAAACAUAUUUAGGUUUUUCUGCCUUCUUUCCCCCCAGAAGCAACACUCCUUUGCGUUGAGUCUCAUCUCGUACAUCGGCAUCAGCAUUUCCAUCGUGGCACUGAGUUUAUCCUUUUUAACCUUCACCUUUUUGAGGUAAGUCAAUGAUAAAGAGACCAAGUCUAUUUCUUACCAUUCGAUCGAGUUCUAUCAUUCAGCGCUAAAAGGUUCCCCUUUCCAAUUCACGAUAUCAUCCGAGGAACUCAUUCGAUUGCCCAGAUGAUGUUAUAUUUUGCAGGUUUAGGAAUACACAGCAGCGUUAUUUCGUUCACGCAAAUCUAGCACUAUCUUUGGUUUUGGCGGAAACUUUGUUUUUGUUUGGUGUUAGCAAGACAACACAUAAGGUAACUUCCUAUGUAGACUUCUCUUGCAGUCUUUGCUAUACUCUCUCGUGUAGUAGUCACUGCUGUCCUCUCGUUUAAGCAGUCAUAGGUGACAGAGCCGUUGUAUUGAUCGCAAGAUGAUAGAUAAUAAAUAAGUACUUAUUUCUUGACUUUUGAAAAUUGUCGGAAUUGCUUCUUGGAGCUUAUUGGAAUAACAUAUAUGAAUCGUAGAAAAGUUAAAGAAAAAAUUAUUCAUGUUUUUAUUCUCAUCUUCAAGAUUGAGGAAGAGUUUUAGAAUUCAAAGGGAUCUGGGUGCUGUCUGAGUGUCCUGUUGCUCUAUAUGGAGAGCCCCAAAGAUGGGAAAAAGUAACUUUGUGGCCUGUUCUGAAAAUUCGCACAACAGAUACGGAGAAAAAAUUUUGAAUAUUUUAAAUUUCUGUCAUCCUAUUCAGUUGAUUAAAUGGCCCCCAAAAAGAAAGAUAAAUAGAUAAACUUCCGAUCCUUGGCCCCAGGAGUUCACUUAGAAUAUACUUCUUGUUGCUGCAGAAGCCAUUUGUGUUCGACUGAUUGAACUUAGGACGAGAAUUCCCUUUAUGACGAUUGACUUAUUUCAGUCUGGAUAUUAUUCUUAAUCACAUUUCUUUUAAUAUUUUCAAAGAUUGUCUGUAAAGCUAUUGCCAUUACAAUGCACUAUCUAUUCCUGGUAUCAUUUGCUUGGAUGGCCCUUGAGGGAGUCGUCCUGUAUUUGAUGCUGGUCAAAAUCUUUCGGAGCAAGAGUCGACCUGCCAGGGACAAAGCUGUUUUCCUACUAUGCGGCUGGGGUGAGUGCCUUCAGAAUACUCGAUUGAUUGACUGUGGUUGAGUUCGAGUUUGACUGAGAUUUGGAGCGGUUUAAAAUUGACUCGAGAGUUAAUACAGUUUGUGUUUAAGAAACCUCACUUCGUUUCGCUGUGCGAAGAAUAAGGAUCUAGAGCCGGUAUCUCCCCCGCUACUGCAAGCGUUUCUUUGCUCUCGCCACAAAUUUCCUGUUUGUUGCGUCGAAUUACUUCCCUCACCCACCCCUUAUAUAGUGAACCCUGUCAAUACGGCCACCAAUGGACCAAAAACAUUUGGCAGUAAUAACGGGUGACCGUAUUAACGAGGUUUUUUUGCAAGUUAUUAUGUAGGGCCGUUUUGUCGGGCGGCUAAAAAAAGUGGCCGUAAUAACGAGGUGACCGUAUUACCGAGGUGGCCGUUAGAUGAGAUUUGACUGUACCGAAGAACUGAGAAUGUUAAAGAAGUCAAGAAGCUGAUUUCCUGUUGGAAAUACGGUGGAACCCCGUUAAUACGGUCACCAAUGGACCAAACAAAUUUGGCCGUAUUAACGGGUGACCGUAUUAAUAAGGGUUUUUUUGCAAGAAAGUGUAUUCAAUUCAAAGUAGACAGACUGCCCGGCGGCCAAAAAAGUGGCCGUAAUAACGAGGUGACUGUAUUACCGAGGUGGCCGUGUAAUACUUUUUUUUCCAAGAAACGCGUUUUUAAGAGCAGAUUUACUGCGCUUUUCACAAACAUGCGAAUUCUGAAGUUCAAAAGCCAACAGACGAUCGCGUUUUUUGCUGCCGUCAUUCAUCUUAACGGACCUCUUAGGAAACAAAACUUUACUUUAACGGGUUCAAAAGGUCAUGGUUUGUGAUUUGUGAUUGGUGGAUUUCGAUCCGUUUUGUGUGUUUCUGUGUUUCAAGGUUCGUUGCUAGUGAUCGUAAUUAUGAUUGACGGCAGCGAAAGACACAGUUGUGAAGGAGUCUUUUGAACUUUAGAGUUCGCAUGUUUGUGAAAAGCGCAGUAAGGCAAUAACAUGGAAUUUAUGCCGAAAAAAUCACAAUAAUUUCUUUUUUAAUUUCGAGCUAAACAUUAAGUCUAUCGUUACUUUACAGGAAUACCUGCUGUUAUAGUGGCUGGCUCCACUAUUUUAUUUCACGAAGGAUAUGGCACGAGAGAGUUGUAAGCCGAUUUUUGUACUUUAGCACCGGUAUUAGUCUUUUUGACCCAUCCGCAUUAGGGGUGUGAGAAUUUUCUUAACUAGCAAUAAAGUACUUACAUGAUGACCGGCUGGCGACUUUGCCUAGAAGACGGGCUGGCGACUUUGCCUAGAACCAGGCCACGUUGAUCAUUCCGAGGUUGUCAGCUAUAUUGUCUCUAUUUAUUUUUCACCUUGAUUUGUUAGCUUUUUUACAUCGGUGGCAUAGUAUGAUCGUCUUUUAUUAUUUAUAGUUGAAGCUAUAGUUGCUGACACGUCGGAAAACUGAUUUUAUAAUGCUUAUUUUUUUGCAGUUGUUGGUUGUCGAUUAAGGGGUAUUUUAUCUGGGCGUUUGUAGGACCCGUACUUCUUGUUUGUCUGGUGAGUCUGCCUUUGUUCCCAUGGUUGGCUCAUAAAUUACUGGAACUUUGCGCGAUAAGACUUUGGUGCUUUCCUCUCUUACCAACUGGUCUCACCGGACUUUCAGUUGAUCCUAUUAGCUCGGUUCAAGGAGGGUAUAGCGACUAUACAGUCUCCAAGGGAUGGUCUGUGUUCGUCAUAAAGGCUUGAUCAUAUUGGCGAUUUUGUAGAAUAGAAAGUUAUUGGACUUAGUUUUUGUCAGAAAACAGUGGCCUAAAUAAUGUAGUGGUGGUAUGGUGGAAUGCCACUGUGCAAGAGUUAGGACAGAUCAAGAGAGGAUUCCUUGGAUAGAACUAUAAUCAUUUUUGUACUUUUUAAAAAACGUUAAAUAACGAUGAACACUCUUAUCAGGUACGUUAUAUUUUAAAUUAUGUUGUCUAACUUUUAGUAGAAAAUUGAGGUAUUUACUCGCAACUAAGCCUGCGAAUCAAUUCUGUUUGCAGUUUAAUUUCAUUUGUUUGGUAAAGACCUUUAUGGUCAUGUCAAGUCGAGGGAGAGUAAAGAAAACUGACACGAGUUUUGAAAAAAUAAGGUAAAGAAAUUUACAUAUGUAAUGUUACAUUAAGGACCCCAGUUAUUGUAGGUGAGAGUGUUAAUUUCAUGAAAACUAUGUUUACUAAAAAAACCGGUUUGUUGAAAAGUGGAAUCGGAAACGUUUUUUAAAACAUGUAAUUUCGUAUGAAACAGAAAUGUUGCGAUUUAAAGCUAAAAGAUGCGAUUUAGAACAGAUGUGAUUUAAAGCAAAAAAUAGUGCGAUUGGUGAAUAAAUCACACUGCUGAGAGCCAUUAUCAGAUUGUUGGGAUAACAAGUGAUUUCAAAAUGCCGUUUAUAUAGGGACACAGAACAUGGACUGAAAAGACAAAAAGAUUGACUAAAACGUCUCAUCAAGAGCCAUAAUGGGACCACAAUAGAGAGGUUAAGCACCACGUUUACGUCAAACGGCCACUGCGAAUCUUGUCGUUUACUGUUCAUUACAGUAAUGUAUCGAUCAAAUCGAAGCUUCAACAUGCCCCCCCCCGCGGGCAUUUGACUUUUUUGAAAAUUAUUGUUCAAAUUCCCCCCUACCCGGGCCAAAAUGCCGUUCAAAUGCCCCACACUAUGGUCCAUUCAGGUGAUCAAAUGCCCCCACCCCGGGGACGUUUCACAGGCACAAAACUGCCAGAGGGACGGCGGAAACGCCUUCAGUUGUCGAACAAAAUCUUUAUAAAUAUAACAAAAACUGAGAAACACUGUUAGCGUAUUUACUACGAACUAAAGUCUCGUACAAAGCGGCGGAAAUCGCUGCUACAAGGUCACUGAAUGCUCAAAGCGUUCUAUUAAAAAAGACCCCAUCUAUUGAGAUUACUACAUCAUGACCAUUUCACUGAUAUGCAUCAUAGCUCACCUUAUUAACUAACAUACUUGCAGUAGGUCAAAGUAGUUGACCUGAGCUUUUUAUUUUAUUUUAUUUUAUGUUGUUGUAUUGAAUCGCCGGUAUAGGUAUUGUAUUUCAUUGUAUAAAACACAGCAAUAAAAUACAUUCAUACAUUCAAAGCCUGAAUCCAGUAUUAAAAAUUUUAAAAUUUAAAUACUUCAAAUACAGCACAAAGCUUGUUUAAGCCCUUUCCUCGUAACCAAUUCGCCACAAAGGCACGAUCUUUUCCACGAAAAUCGUCUAACACCGCGUCCCCCAUGAUAGCUCGCCACGCCAAAGAUUUUACAUGAAAUCGAGGGUUCAGUUCAAAUUCCCCACCCCUAAAGCAUGGGGAUCAAAUUCCCCACCCCCUGGAAGACUCUGAUAAUCAAAUUCCCUCCUCCCCGGGACGGCAAAGGUGUCAAAUGCCCGGGGUAUACCCGGGGGGGGGGGGGCAUGUUGAAGCUUCGAUUUGACCGAUACAUAAUACACAUAUAUUAGUAGUUUCACGCAAUUUUUUUUAUCCUUAAGAAUUGUUUUGAGCUGUUUUUAUCUGCUCAUUUUCUGCUUUGAGAAAUUCUCAACUUGAAUCUGACGUUUGCCGUUUGCCGUAUACGUGAAGCUUUAAAAACUGUCUAAUGUCUCGCUUCUGCAGUGCUGUAUGCGUCGGUCAUGUUGUUUUUAUCAUUUCUCAGUCAGAAACCCAAGAAAUUGCUGGCUUGCAGAGGCGUUUACGACAUCUCAGUAAUAAAUCGAAUCAAGUGAUUAGGGACUUUUAGCAUUAAUGAUUAAAGGUGGGGUAAUCUGGGCAAAACUUUUUUAAGGAGAAAAGAUGAUUAGGCAAUUUGAUGAUGAAUCUAAUAUGAUGAUUUGUUUUGCAUGUGUAAUAGAUACUGGUCAAAAGGCUGUGCCUUACUUUCUUGUCUUCUUGGCUUAACAUGGAUUGUUGGUGUUUUUGUGGUAAAUGAAGACACCAUGUUCAUGGCGUAUCUCUUUAAUAUAUUCAACACUCUUCAGGUGAGAAAUUUAUAAAUUUGUGGAACGUUUUCUUUUUCUAGGGUAAAAUGGAAACUACCCAUCGUGAUAUAAUACUGGAAAUACAAAAAUAAAAAAAAAUAUGAGGGUGUGCUCUGCAGAGGAGUUCGUUAAUUUGAAGUUGGCUGGAAAAAAGCGAUUAAGCUCCAAGCAUAUUAUGAACAACUCUAAACUAAUUAAAUGUGCCCUACUCAUUGAAUGUAUGAAGUUUAACAGUGAGUUUUUAAAAUUUGUUUCACAGGGGUUAUUGAUAUUUUUAUUCCAUUGCAUUGGGGAUGAAAAGGUAAGAAACGAUAGGCGAAUACUUCGAUGCUUUGUUGUUUUGUUGAUCCGCGCCCUUAUGCAUGUACAAGCAACAAGGCAGGUUGUUUUCAGGUUUUUAAUCUAUUCGAGAAACAUGAAUAUUUUUUCUUGUGCUUUAACAGAGUUUACUUCUACCAAUAAAGCCAAUUGCCCACGUUCGAUAUAUUAAAAUUUUAACAUGACUCCGAGGCUUAGGGGAAAAAUAUGCAAAUUUUGACAAUUUCAUUGUCUCACAAUUCCCAGAAGAGACUUGAGCACAAAGAAAACCAAACCAAACGUAGAAAGAUGAUCAGAAAGCCUCAGAGUCAUGUUAACAUUUUAAUGCAUCGAACGUUUGUAGCGGAACGCUCUCGCGUGUGCGCAGCGGAGCACUGUGGGUAAGAAAAAAUGGUAACCUAUGGAUCCGAGGUAUUUUGGUUAUCACGUGACCUUCGUCCUUGCGUCCGUGCUUGCGUCCGUCCGUACGUACUUAUGUACAUACGUCCGUCUACCACCCACAAAUAAGCCGAUGUCAAAUGUCACGUUUACACUCGCACGGCUAACCGAACUUUUAGAGAGAGAAAAAAAAACAACAAAGCCGAUUUUUUUUGUCCACUAAAUUUUGAUGUCUACAUUGAGACGUAUAACAGAGAAAAAGCUACAGCGAGAGAUAAAAAGCAGAAGAAAGGAAUUUUUGAUGGAAGAACCACAUGACAUUUUUGUAGCUGCGGUAAGAAAUUGAGAAAUGCGAGCGGGAGUGAAAAAGAAAAAAAAAGGUCCGGGACACAAGCAACAAACUGUUUUGUGAUCAAAUACGGCAUUUCCUCCAUAACACGUGCAAUUAGGAAGUUUUACGUUUUAGACCCUGUUCACACUAUAAAUUCGUUUUCGUUGUCAUCGAAAACGCAUCCAUCAAUUUGCGUCCACACUACCGUUUUGAUUCGUUUGCGACCGUCCACACAAAAACGUUCGAAAACGGUAUACGUAGAAUCGCACGUUGUGACGUAAGUUGAACUCUUUGCGAUUUUUUCGGUCAUGGUUUUCAUUUUGAUGCGUUUUCGACCCAUUUUGUCCUCACUAAUACGAUAUGUAUGCGUUUAGGUUUUGAUCCACUUUCAAGAGCGCUUUUAAAUGUAUGCGUUUUCAAACGAGCAUUAGUGUGGACCGGGCCUUAUGCCUGUUUUCAUCGGACACGUGUGGACGGAAGCCCUAUUUGUGAGGAAAAAGUUGCGUUUUCAUAUGAAGACGGAUACAUGUGGACCGGGCCUUAGGCCCUGUAAACACGUAUCCGUUUUCAUUUGAAAACGCAACUUUUUCUUGACGAAUAGGGUUUCCGUCCACACGUGUCCGAUAAAAACGAUCAAUGAAAAUGGAACUUUUCGAAAACGCUCUCCAAAGUGGAACUUUUUGAAAACGCUGUUUUCGCGUGUACGUGUGGACAGACGAAAACGGAACUUUUCGAAAACGCUGAGGACACACUAUCAGUUCCAAUUCACUCCGUCCAUUAUUAGAAACUUAUUAAAGAUGGUGGACGGGCACUUCCCUUUCUUGUCUUUUAUACUUGGGCUUAUUUCUAACCUAAUUGCUUAGUUUUCAAGCAAAUUUAGUUUUUUUAAUUCCUCAAGCUGAUUAUUCCAGGAGGCGGCAAAACAUUAUCAGGUUACUUUCGCUACCAGUGUCAAGAGGCAGAAGGUUGGAUCUCCCUUUAGUUUGACAUUGUUUUUGCGCUGAUUUUGACAUUUUAAACUGUUUCUGCAACUAUGAAGAACGUCACAACAAAAAAAGCCCACACCAAAGAAUCUCAAAGGUGGCGCCAAUUUAUUAUUUCGCGGGCUCUUAAUAGCGAACACGUAUGCGUCAAGUAUGCGUAGUCGGGUAAGUUAUCGUUUUCAAAUCGAUUCAUCGUCUACGUGUGGACGGGCGAAAACGAUGCGAAAACGCUACGACGCGAAUUUUUUUGAAAACAGGGAAAAAAAGUUUCGUUUUCAAACGAAUACGGAUACGUGUGGACAGAGCCUUAGGGCCUGUUUACAUGGAGGUGGGGGACCCCAGGUAGGUGAGGUAACCCGCGUAGGUGGGGUAACCCGCCUGUCCAUACAAUCUCUCAUUUUAAUGUGAUCACGUUUACAUGUUAGGUGGGGUAACCCGCCACGUGUUACCUCACCUACCUGGGGUCCCCCACCUUCAUGUAAACAGGUCCUUAGUCGGUGCAAUACAGCGACAAAGAAAUGUACAAAAGAAGUGUGCUGCACGUGCAAAGUUCGUUUUUUUUGCUAUUGAGACUUAUUAAUUUUUUUGUCGUUGUUGUUGCCGUCGCGGUUCAGCAUUACACGAUUUUAUUUUUUGUUUACGUAGAAAGCUUCGCUUUUAGCCCCGGUAUAUAUUACGAAAACCUCGUCUUCUUUAUAGGUGCGUGCAGAGUACUUACGGUUUCUCCGCUGUCAAACACGAGCGAUGGCUUACGGUGUGGCUCGGCCAUGGUGGAGCAAGUCUGAUUCAAUAAGCCGCUCAAAGGCGUCGGAUAAAAUGCGAAGAAGUACAUUACAAUCAAAUGUGGAGUUACCAAAGGUAUUUUACUGGUUUUGCCUCAAAACUUCGUAGUAAGUAGCUUCGACGCGGACUGACUACGAUUGGAACCCCAUGCAUCCGCUGCAUGGAAACUGGUGAAGUGGUGAAUAAAAUAUGUAAUUUCUAUAUUUUUAUAAUUAGUAAAAGGCCUCCUCCUUUUAACAAAAUGAGGCUAAUUUUGACAGGAAUAGGAAUAAUGCAGCUGUGUUUCGAGAUAGAGAGAGCAGACUGGUUGAACUGGUUUAACUACUAAGUCUAUGACAGAUUUUAUUCCAAGUUCUUCGCAUUAUUUGCUCUAGGCAAGGUGAAUUUUGGGUGAGACUAAUCUGUUGAAUUGCAGACCGCGGAACCGGCGGAACCUACAGAACCUAAAGAAAUGACUGUUUUAUUACAAUUGCCUUUAGGUAAAGUGAUGAACUAAUUAGUUGCAAUUGAUUAUAACGUUGAUAGACUGUUCACAGUCCCCUUUUUUCCGUAAGAUCGUUGAAAUAGAGCGCUCACUUUAAUUUCAGUGGCAGCCAGUUUGUAAAUGGAUUCAAUUGUACCGAGAGAGCGGGCCUCCGGGUUCCCAAACCGUCUUCCGCCCUUUAAGUGUAGUAUAUACGUUUAUAGUGAGAAUGAAUUUGAGGAGGUCGCAAAGAUUCUUUGUGUAUGGUGGAUGUAGAGCGGUUACUAGAAGUGACUGCAUGCGCCAAUAAUACCUUCAUCGUUCUCUCGUCCUACUGUGUUUAAAUCUAUACCUCUCAUUUCCUUCCGACGACUACUAACAAGCCGGAAGUCUGCGAUUCGAGGACUUUCUGUUUCGGCACCAGAGCUCUCCAUCAGUGAUACUAAACCGAAAUCGACAACAGUUUUCAAUGGUCUCUACCGUUAUCGACAAAAGCUCUCGAACAAUCAGAGGGUGAGAAAUCGCUCAGUCAUUGUAAAAAUUAAUUGCCACUAAUUAUUUUAUCACGUUAGCCAAAGGCAGUUGUAAUAAAACAUUCAUGUGUCUUUAGGUUCCGUGGAUUCCACUGGUUCCGUAGGUUCCGCGGUUCCUCGGUUCCGCGGUCUGCAGUUCAGCAGAUUAGUCUUACCUGUGAAUUUUCCCUCCCUAUCGUUUUCAAAAGCCCCUUUUGCGGUAUAAUACAUUUAGCAAGCAAUAUAGGUACACGUCGACCUUUCAGAACUGUAUGACGACAGCUGCCUUACACCACCAGGAGUGAUGUAAUUUGAAGCUGUAUUUUUUUUUAAGGUCACCAUAGACAACUCCGUGAAAAGGAGGACUACUGUCAUGACAGGACCAGAAUAUACUGCUUUACGGCAAUCUAUAAAGAUGAGUCAGAUGUACGGGAUAACUGGUAAGACUAAACAUGUUAUGCUUGAUAUUUCUUUUACUUUCGUCGUCGGUUUGACCUGAUAAGAUCAACAACCAACUGAAGUUCGGAUUCUUCAAUGUUAUUAAUUUUAGAAAAACAUUCAAGUCGGAAGGAAGUGAAAAGAGUCAGUGCUUACUUGUAUUUAGGAGUAAUUUUUUUAAAAUCAAUUCUUAACUUCCAGAAGAUGACUGUGAGCGAAACAGCGAAGGAAGGCAGAUCGCUGAAAAUUUAACAGACACGCAUGCGCAGAACAGUGCUGACUGUGAUGAAGUUCAGAGUUUGAAGGUGAGAUACGAUGCUGCAUACCGUAUUUGUUCGAUUGAACAUCGCGGCGUUUAUCAAAUUGUUAGCGUUUCUGCUGCGUCGUUUAUUCGAGAGAUUCGUUUCUUUCAAAAUUACAAUUCUUAAAUCACUUAUAACAAUUAUGAAUGAUAAAUCUUUUCUAAACAUUAUGUAAAACGAAAGGAUGUUAUAGUUCCAUCAUAGUUAGUAGAGGAGACAAGUUAUGAAAGCCGGUAAAUAACAAACUUGAAAUUUAAAACAACGGUGCUGUAGUUUAUGUUGAAACUCCCUGGGCGUACACAAUCCUUUGAUUUUUGUUCACAAAUUGUGACUGAAUAAAUUAUUGCGAAGUUUUAUUGGUCACUAUGUUCAAAAUGAUAGGAAUGCUAUUGAACGUUGUUCACGGUCAAGAGGUCCAAAAAAGCUAACAAAAACAUAUAAAAAAGGAGUCUAACGGGUUUCAUAACCAUUGCACUUGAAUACUAUGGUUCCAUGCCUCGCUUUUUUGCAACCCUGGUAAUUCAUUGAGUCCAUUGUCGGUCCAGAACAAGGAUCUUGACGCUGCGUUGUAGACGUUACUGGCCAGGGUGAGAUCACCUCUGCGUCGCGAGCUUUAAUAACUACACCACUAAAUAACAUCUUGCUUACAGAAUUCUGAGGAAAUCGUCACCGACGCAGUACAUGAUCAUGUAACAGAUUUAUCGUGUUCCUGUGAAUGCACCUGUGAACAGACAUCACAACCCAAUCUCCCGGAUUUAAUAAAGCAUGACGCUGACAAAAAUGAAGAUGACGAAGAGACGCUUGCAGCCACUGCAGAGAACUCGUCAACAGAAUCAAGUUUGUAGAGAAAUCCGUGAGGGCACUGCGAGCGUAGAGUCACAUGCGGCAUUAAGCUCACUGAAUUUAAAAUCGAUUUGGUGCAUCGCCAUAAAGAGGAAAUACUUUUUUGAGGUGUAAUGAAUUACAGUAUUUAGUAACUAAAAGUAAUAAAUUCUGGUUUAUUCGGGAAUACAGGGAAAAG